UGUAUGUUGAGAGAGUCUCUCUCCAUCUGCCACUUUUCCCGCGUCGGAGGACUACUCAAGGGCUAGGGUUGGAGUCUGGUAGCUGAACCAAGUCGAAGAGCAUCACCGAAAACAUUUUCCUUUUCUAUGAUUUUUUUUUCUUCUACAUUUGUAGAGCUUGACUGAGGGUUUCUAUGGAUUCCAAUAAAGAUGGUGGUGCCAAUCCCGCGGAACCCUCGCCGAAGAACCCAUAUAAGGAUCCUGAUGAUGGGCGUCAACGUUUCCUUCUCGAGCUUGAAUUUGUUCAAUGCCUGGCUAAUCCAACCUACAUCCACUAUUUAGCUCAGAACCGCUACCUUGAUGAUGAAGCUUUUAUUGGUUACCUCAAGUACCUCCAGUACUGGCAGCGGCCUGAGUAUGUUAAAUUUAUUAUGUAUCCUCAUUGUUUGUUUUUCCUCGAGCUUCUGCAGAAUGCAAACUUCCGUACUGCAAUGGCCCAUCCAGGCAACAAAGAAUUGGCUCAUCGGCAGCAGUUUUAUUUAUGGAAGAACUACAGAAACAAUCGGUUGAAACACAUAUUACCUCGGUCUCUUCCCGAACCUGCUGCCCCACCGCCUGCACCAGCCCUACCUCCAGCACCUGCUCCGGUGCCUGCUUCUGCUGUAGUACCAUCUGCACUUUCACCCAUGCAGAUGACUGCUGCUUCUGGACCAACUCUGAUGAAGGUAGACAUGAGAAACGCUGGAGCAGACAGAAGAAAAAGAAAGUUUGCUUCACCUGACUGACUACCUGCUGCCAGCAAGUCCAAACUUCCUCAUUGGCUUAAACAUUUACUCCCACGCUACUAUGAGAAUGAAUUCAGUAAGAUGCACUUAACAAGGAACAUAUGUCAUCUCGUCAAAUGCAUGUGGAAAAGAAUGGGGAAUUAAGCCCUGAGUUAUGUGACUUAACCUGAUCUUAAACAUCAGGUCUUUGUUCAGAAUAGAAGAUUUAUGUAAUAUUAUUGUCAAUGAUGACCAUAAAGGUCCUUUUUUUGUCUGUCUGAACUGCCAACUGUGUCUUACAUGCGGGCUUGUGCCCUCUGCCUUUUUUCAUAAAAUGGUUUGUACUGUCUUCUACUAGACGUGUAUACAAUGUACCCUAAAGGCUAAAGUUUUC